AUCAUCAAAAUUAAAAGAAAUAAACAUUUGAAAUAUAUCAGCCUGUGUGAAAUGAAUGAAUAUAAUCUACAAGUUUCACUUUUUGAAUGGAAUUAGUGAAAUAAAUCAACUUGCUUUUUGAGGAUAUUCAAAGGAAAUAGGAAAGGAACAGAUGUGUAGCCUAACUAGAAACCACUGGAACAAGAAGGACUGAGAACUCAACCAACCAAUGGAAACCAAACACAACUUCAUGUAUUUCUGUUAUAUAUGGAUCUGUCAUUUAUUGUACAAUGAAUCAUGUGUCAUUUAUCUAAUGUACAUUACUUUAGAAAUCAUUACAAAAGCAAUAUUACAGAAGCUUAUCUCGUCUCAUGUUGUUUUUACUUUGAAACUGGAUGACCAGAGCACCUUACAUUUGGGAACUUCUGCGCCUAUAGCUUUAAACAUUUGUUCACAACAUUUACGAGAAGCAUCAUGUUUGUUUUUCCAACUAACUGAAGCCCACAGAACCACUGACACACACCACACACCACAUUCACACGACUGCACUGCAAACCUUUGUCCAGAAAGAAAGCUCAUAAAAGAGUUUAUUACGGUUUUGCUGUCUGCUUUUUAUUUCACCAAAAACAAACUAGAAACAAAAACCACCACAACACUUCCUUAAAUCCCUUUAUCAGUUUGCAUUGUAAGAAAGCACAACGAUGAUGCAGACUUACAUUAUCACACAUAAUAAAACCCAUACAUCCCUGUACACUACAUCACAUCCAUCAUGCUGUCCUCAAAGCUCAAUGCAGGAGCUCUUGUAAAAUGAUUACGAGCUAAUGAUUCGCAAACAGAACAUGUUCUCUGUUCGUUAUGAAAUAACGAUGUGUGUUCAACUUAAAGCACAAACCAAUGUGAUGUUCCUGUUUAAGUACACGCACAGUUUGGGUUAAAGGGUUCAUUUCAAUUCAUUUUUAUCAACAGUUAACAGGUUUAGCACAGCUUUACAUCCCAUACAGACAGAAAGAUUGAGUUUCUUGUUAAGCUUUACUCUGGCAUUAACUGAUGAGUUAAUGGUGCUAACUCUAGUUUGUAUUUCAUAAACGAUCUGCUUGUAUUAAGUCAUCAUGUGUCUCUCGUGAAGUCCCUCCCCGUCUGAGGAGCUAUAUAAGAUGAAUCAGAGAGGUGACUUGAUUCAGGUCAGAGAUGGAUCUGCAGGUGUCCAGAGCUCUGCUUCUGUUCAUUCUGCUGUGUUCAGACACUCAGAUCAGCGGGGCUUGUAAUGGCACCGAGCACAGAUUCGGAUCAGCACAGGACUCACACUGGUGCUAUGAGUGCAGGGGUUUGGGGAGUUACUGUCCGGAGAAACCAGUGUUCUGUCCCAUCGGAUUCUCCAAGUGCAUGAGUACAACAACCAUAUUACAAAUCGGUGACGCAGCUAUAAAAAUGAAGCAAAAGGAAUGCAUUGAAGACUGUCAAGACAGCUCGGUGAACUAUGGGAUAUUAAAGACGCGUUUCUCCUGCUGCAGCACUCGUCUCUGUAACUACAGAGAUGCUCCAGAUCCCAGGACUAACGCUCCCAAUGGAAGGACAUGCUACUCCUGCGAUGGACAGAGCUGCUCAAACACCGUCAGCUGUUCAGGGACUGAAGACCGCUGCAUCACAGCAACUGGUGAGGAUCUGGAUACACUCAUCAUCAACCCUUUGGUGCUGUUUGGACACUUUUUAUUUAUACUCAAAAACCGGUUAGCAGGUCAUAAAUGGAUCAUAACUACAUGAACAGACUGACUAAACCUCUGUUUUCUCUCUUUUCUUCAGUGACUAUCAGAGGCCCACCAAUGCUUGUCAAAGGCUGUGCCUCUAAAUAUAUUUGUGGGGCCCUAAAAUGUUCUUUUAUUCACAACGUCUCAUGUUGUGAGGGGGACCUAUGUAACGGGGAUAAGAGGGUCAAUCAGGCGGUCACCCAGGGGUUCAGAAAUAACGCUGAUGAAAGUGUUAACCAAAGCGUCACCCAGAGCCUCCUCCAGAGCUUCAUGUAUCCAGGAGCUAAGAGUGUCACCAAGAGACUCACGUACAACGAUGCUAAGAGAGUCACCCACAGCAUUGUGAAUAACCAUGGUAAAAGAGUAGGGCCGAAAGUCAGGUAUAACAAUGCUAAGAGCGUCAGUCAGAGCUUCCUGUUCCUCUGCUGUUCUCUGCUCUUCUACUUCCUGUGACUCUGAAUCCAGCAGCUCCUCAGAUUCUACGAGACACUGAAUAUACAGCUCAUGCUUCUGCUGCGC